AUGGCUCCUUUUCCCCCCAAGAACGGAAAGAGACACAAAAUAGAGACCGCCCCGAGAGUACCCGAUGAUGUCAACGAGCCCGUGUACCAAGAAUUCCUUGCCAUUCCCUCCACCGGUACCGGACUCGACCUCACAUACCGUCAGCUCUGCAUCCUGAUAAGAAGAUCCCCCGCCGAGCGUAACGCCAGAGCCAGCGCUAUAUUCUCCCGUGCUAGUAAAAGCGUCAAAAACCCCGGAGGCAUCAUCUACUACCGAAUGCGAGACCAUGACCUCCUAGCCCACCUCACGGAGAGCGAAAUAAAAGACGUUUGA